UUGAAGUAUAUUAUUUUUUUAAGCUGAAGGAUGUUCGGAAUAACUGCGUUGCCUAGAUGCUUUUGCAUGAGGCCAGCGAUUUUCGUCUACCAAAAUUUAUAUGCAACUAAAUCAGCGGCUAGAAAUAAACCCAAGACGGAGAACUUUAAAUCGUACGAGGAUUUGGGAAAAAUGAAACAAACUGUUUUCAGGGAACAUUCCGAUGAAGAGGGCUUGGGACCGAUCCCCUACGUGAACGAAUGUGCUAAAAUGGGAGAGUACAAAAAUCCGGAAUAUUUUUCCUAUCACAACUACACGUAUUACGAUUUUCACAUGGGCUGCGAGUGUAUGCAUCAACCUCAGCCUAGCGCUCUCGAGGAAAAAGAUUUGGUCCAUAUGACGCGCAGAACUUGUUGUGACGCCAUGGAAAUUCGAACGGAUCAGAUGUGUGCUCCACCCACUUGCACUGUUGAUUGCAUGAAGGAGAAAGCUCUUCUGGUUGAUGAUAAACCAUCGAAGGAGGAGAUAGCCCUGCAACCAGCUACGGAAAUCGUCCUGAGUGAUAUAAAGAUUUAUUCAGAAAGCCAGUCGAACCAAGAUAAAAAAUGUGCUGAAGAAGAUGCAGCGGAAAAAUCAGUCGAUUCUGCGCAAAAAGAUGAUGGCAAACCCAAAUGAUUUUACA